UUACAUUUAAUUCAGUAAAGUGCUAUAAAUACCUGCAAUACCCACGAUUUUAAGUAUUAGUAUUGUCAUCCUCAAAAAUGACAAUGGGUCAUUUGCUUCGUUCUUUAAUUAUCAUCGGCUUGGCUAUUCAGCUUUGCAAUGGAACAUGUUACUGGAGUAAACCAAAACAUAAAAAAGUAUCAGUCAACUCAUGCUCAACUAGUAGUUCUUCCUCAACUACUGUUAGAGCUUCAUCAAAGUUCAAUGUAUUAAAUUCAAAGGUUAAAAUUGAAGACCUUGAAAAAGGUCUUAAAAAAAUAAGCACAAACUCUCAAGAAGACAGCAGUGAGUACAACGAUGAAAGUUGUGAGGACUUAAAUUACAGAGAUACUCAAUCAACACGGAAAUUACAAACCUUCGUACAAAGUCGUGCUCUUUCGAAAAAAAUUAAGAAAACAAUAAAAAAAACGGCUACAAAGAUCUUAAGAAAAAAGAUUAUUCCUGUAAUCGCGAACAAAAUUAUUAAGUCUGCUACGACAAGAUCUACAAGUAAUGGCUUUCAACAAUCGUUACAGCAAAACCAGCAAAUUGGUAGUACAACAAUUACGACGAGAACAAACACCGUGGGUGUCAACGGAAAUAUAUUUCUGUCAAUACCAACAGGAUACGUGGCAAACACAAUGACAACAACAACAACUAGCUUAUUAACUGAAGAAGAAGCUGUCCGAUUAGGACUCUUGAGUACCACACUAAUUGGUGGAAGUCAAACAUAUACGUCUUAUCAAACUGAUGGACAAUAUAGUACUGGUGGACAAUAUAGUACUGGUAGCAGCGUUAGUAGGUCUAUCAAUAGCCAAACGUCUCAAGUACAAAACAAUGGAAAUGUAUAUUAUUCAAACGGUAAUUCACAGAAUAUCGUAAGUUCAGAUGGUUUAAGAAGUAUUAAUGGAAAUUCACAACAGUAUAAUAGAUACACAUCAGUAAACAGUAAUAUAAGUAAUAAUAAGCAACAAAACACUGGUCGACAAACUAUGGGAAGAUUGUAUCAAACAAGAAAAACUAAUUCAAUGAAACGUAAAAUUAAUCAACUUAAAACAUCAAAUAAUGUUGUGGAAGCCGGUGAAUACGGUCGUGAAGAUAAUGAAAUUAAUGAUGAUAUUGAAAACGACCAAAAAGUAGGCGUCACAAAUGUUAAAACAUCUGGACAAUAUCAAUUUACAUCAGAUAAUAAGAAUCAAAUAAACAAGAAUACUAAUGGUCAUCAAAUUAAUAACUUAAGCAAAACAACUAAGUCAAGACAUAUUCAACAAUAUAGUACUGCUCAUAGACGCGAUAUUAAUAAAUCAGAUGAAUCAAAAUCUUCAGACGAAAAUAGUGACGAAAAUAGUAAGGUAAUUGUUAAACAAACUGAGGAGAAUGUUAACAACAAUGGAAAUGAUAAAAUAAAGGUUAUUAACUAUAAAAAUGAAAAAUCUGAAAAUAAAUAUAAUGAAAAUAAUAAAAUAGUGGUUGUUAAAGAUAAAAAUGAAAAAUCUGAGAAUAAAUAUAAUGAAAAUAAUAAAAUAGUGGUUGUUAAAGAUAAAGAUGAAAAAUCUGGGAAUACAUAUAAUGAAAAUAAUAAAAUAGUGGUUAUUAAAGAUAAGAAUGUUAAAUCUGAUGAUAUUGAUGAUGAUGAUGAUGAUGAUGAUAGUGAAGAACAAGAAUCAUCGGACGAUGAAGUAUCGGUGUAUGAAUAUUUGAAUACAUAUCAGAAGUUCAGAUUUGAUAGAGGUCUAAAUGCAGUUGGUAUAAUAGGAGAAGUCUUAAACCAAUUAGAUUACCAACGUUAUACACUUAUGGAUGAUAUUAUAUAUCCACAAGACUCUACGCGUUAUGUCAUAAACAGCGAAACAUUCGAUUUUAUCAUAGUCGGUGGUGGUAAUGCGGGAUGCGUUCUUGCAAACAAGUUAUCUGAAAAUAUCAAAUGGAAAAUAUUAUUAAUUGAAGCCGGUGGAGACCCCUUCCCUGUAACUCAAAUUCCUAAUUUAUGGGAUAGGUCAUUAAAUAGUGAUGCAGACUGGCAAUACAAAAUACAACCAGAUAGUACAACUGGAUUUGGAAUUGGUGGUAAUAUGAAACUACACAAAGGAAAAUGUCUAGGAGGAAGUAGUACUACAAGUCCUCAAAUUUAUGUUAGAGGAAGUGAACAGCUCUAUAAUUCACUUGUUAAAAGGGGUUUGAAAAAUUGGUCGUACAAUACAACGGAGACUUACUUUAAAAAGGUUGAAAAAGUUCGUUCGAUUACAAAAACCGAAACAAACACUACUAUUUAUGGAAAAUGUGGACUUAUCCCCGUAAGCAAAUUCCGAAAAACUGAAGUAAGUGUUUUAGAAAAAGUCGUAUGUUCUGGUUUUGAACAUAUUGGUUGUAAAAAACAAAGUGAUAUUAACCAAAAAGAUAUUGAAGUUGGAUUUGUUUCAAUGCAAGGUAUAAUCAAGAAUGGUAGAUCUAUGAACACCGCUAAGGCAUAUUUAAGCCCAGUUUUCGGCCGUGAAAACUUGAAAGUAAUGAAAUAUACUAGAGUUACAAAGGUUUUAGUAGAUAAAACAACAAUGAAAGCAACUGGAGUUGAACUACAAACGAAAUACGGUCAAAUUCUUACACUGAAAUCCAACAUGGAAGUCUUACUUUGUGCUGGGGCUGUUGGUUCUGCUCAGAUAUUGUUGGCUUCAGGUAUUGGGCCUAAGAAGCAUUUGUCCGAAAUGGAAGUCCCAGUAGUCAAAGACUUAAAAGUAGGACAGAACUUCCUAAUUACUCCAGUGUUUACUGGUUUUGUUAUGUCCUACGACAAAUCAAUUGUUUGCAAUCAAACAGAAGAAGAAAUUGCAUUCAAAUACUUGUCUAGACAUUCGGGACUCUUAAGUAGACCUAACGGUUUGAGUUUUGGAGGAUUUUUAAAUACUGGAAUAUCUGGAUCUUCAUUUGCUGAUGUUGAAGUUUAUCAAUAUUACAUACCCAAAAACACUUAUUCUAAGUUAUGCCAACUAAAAGCGAUAUUUGGAUUUAGUGAUACCAUGUUAUCGGUGUAUGCUAAAUUGAAUUACGAACGUGCUAUUUCUAUUUUCACAAUAUCACUGAUAAACGCACAAAGUACCAGCAAAAUUCUUUUAAGAAGUAAGAACCCAUUGGACAAUCCGAUUAUUGUUGGCAAUAUGUUGACGGAGAAAAAUGAUGUAAAAAGUUUCCUCGCAGCCAUCAAAUUAUUGUCCAAAAUUGAAAAAUCUGAUGGAAUGAAGUUAGUAAACGCGAGAUUAGAAGAUAUUGAUCUUGACGGAUGUGCAAAAUAUAGCAAAAAAACCGAUGAGCACUGGGAGUGCUUACUAAAAUACAUGAUGUCUACAACAUCAAGUACUGCCGGAUCGUGUCGUAUGGGAGUUGAAACUGACACAGAUGCUGUUGUUGACAGUGAAUUGAACGUGAUUGGUAUUUCUAAUUUGCGAGUCGUAGGUCGAUCUGUUAUGCCAUUGAUUACAAGUGCCUACAGUCAUGUCCCUUGUAUCAUGAUCGCUGAAAGGGCAUAUGGUAUAAUAAAAAGUAAAUACAACUAAGAACCAAACUACCCGAUUAAAUAUUGUUUUUAGAAUUUAAAGCACUGUGUUUACUUUAUUAUUAUAUUAAUUAAAAAAUCAGAAGGAAUCAAGUUCUCUUUACGAAAAAAAACAAAUAAAAUACUAAGCACAUUAUA